ACUGCAGGCCGAAAGUAGUUGGGCCAUAAACCCUCGUCGUCGUUCUUGUCUCGCCCUCGCCGUCGGCCAUCGCCAAUCCCUUCCACCCACUGUCCACAGGGCCGGCGGCGGCGCACUUCGCUCGAGCUGGUAGGGUUGGUCGGUGUUAACUGAGUCAGGUUGAUUGUUCACUGCGGUGUGCGAGCUUAAUCGGCCACCAUGGAUGUCGAUAAGCAAGAAACAAUGGAGGAGACCAUCCUUGUUGGUGAUGAUCUCAUGCGAGGGCCACCAUCACCUGUCAUACCUAAAGAUAUUGCAUCACAUGUCCUUGAAGGUGUUGAGCUUUGUGAUGGAAUACUCAGGAAUCUUUUCUUAUGUCUACAAAUAAAUGAUAUUGAGCCAUUCUGCCAAGAUGAAAUUGUGCUAUACCGACAAUGUGCUGAGAAAAGGGACAAGGAAAUAAGAGAACGGAUGCAAGAUAGUGAAUAUAAACUGGGUUUUUCAAUGCCUCUGGAAGGAGCAAAGGAGAGAGCUACUCAACUCCAAUCAGAGGUCACACAGUUAGAAAGACGCAUGAUUCUUGCUAGUGGACUUGAGGGUAUGGAAGGAUUUCGGCAGAGAUGGAGCUUGCACGGACAGCUUGAAGAUACAAGGAAACGGCUUGAGGCACUGAACCGUGGCAUUGGAAAAAGAGAGAACCAAAGUUCUACAGGGGAAGGGGCAAAAUCAUCUCCCGCUGGGAAGAGGUGGUUCUUUUGGUAGUACGCGUUGUGUAGGAUCUGCAAACCCGAAAGGCAGCUCCAUCCAGCUGUACUGCUAUUUUGAUCCAGAUGUUACGGAUAACUUAUUAGCUUCCUUUGAGCAACUUCCUGAAGCAAGAUUGCAACUGGUAGGGCUAUAAUAUGUCGACAAUAUGCACCUCUAUGGUCGUGCCCUACACCCCUCUGAAGAGUGUACCGUACUCAUGUCUUCCGGGGUGCUUAGUUCUUUUAUCCGGACUAAAGUUCAUAUCACAUCAAAUCUUUGGAGGCUAAUUAGAAGAACUAAAUAUGAGUUAAUUAUAAAACUAAUUACACAGAUGGAGGCUAAUUCGCGAGACGAAUCUAUUAAGUCUAAUUAAU